AUGCCUCGAGGACGCGGAAGAUCUAACACCAGCCGUGGCGGUCGCAAGUCUCAACGAAAUCGUCGUACUCCAGCUCGCUUCCAAAAUGUUGCGACUAUAGACGUAACUGACUCACCUCCGCAAGAAUCGUCAGCACACAUUGGAGAUCCCACUGUACUACAGUCCACGAACUUCCCCAGCGAUGUCAUCACAGUUAGCAGAAGCGAACUCGCAGAUCUCGUUCGUAGCCUACAACAGCAAGGAAACUGUCAAACGCAGCCGAAUAAUAUUUCGCAACCGCCGGCUGCUCCACAACUGUCGGCAAGCCUCGUGUCAUCACGCGACCCAAGCCAAACAACGCCAUCAAGUUUAACGCCAACUGACUCUCUCACAAAUAACAGCCUUCCGAUUACCUUGCCAAUAGCUAGUCAACAUAAUGCGAUCGUACACAAUAAUACCGCUCAUCAAGACAAUUCGAUGUUUCAACAACUUCCAGCUACUACAAGCCAAGCAUCGCUAGCUCACGCUAAUCCUAGUCAACAAAGUUUUGCUACCGGGGGUCAUUUCAACGCAACCAACAUGGCCGCUCCCAUACAACGUUUCGCCGGUGAGGGCAUUCUCACUUCCGCUUCCGGUAUCAACACUGUGACACAGGCGAUGCCGAUGUUGAACAAUGCCAGCAUUGCAGUUCCUCCUAUCAUCCCACCUGCAGACUUGUUUUUACCAUACGUCGACCAGCAAAUACUCAAUCAACUAGCAAACCGGGAUAUUGCGGUUUCAACGACUGGCACCUCAGGCAGACAGGGUCCCAACCAAAACUCCGGACCUGUGCACCCUCUUAACGGCUCCGAUGUGCGACGUAGUCCCGUCAACCUCACACAACAAGCCUGCCACUACAUCAACCUGAGCAUUGCACCAGGUACACGACGGACAUAUCAUGCGGGACAAACUCGCUAUCUUCUCUUCUGUCGCAUGUAUGGAAUGAAUCCUUAUCCACUAACGCAACGCUCAACGAUUCUGUUUAUGACACAUCUCGCAACAUCGUCACUUACCUAUGGCACGCUAAAAGUUUACCUCGCAGCUAUCAUCCGUGCACACAUCGAAGCUGGCUUCACCUCAUCAAUACGCGACGACCUCCUUCUUCACUUCACUAUGCAAGGCAUUAAAAGACAUCACGGCGUGCCAAAUCGUGUAAAACUCCCAAUCACCAUUGCACUAAUGCGAAUGCUUAAGAACACCGUCGCAAACCAUCCCACUAUUUGCGACCAUGACAAAGCUAUGUUGUGGUCUGCCUUUACACUGGCGUUCUUCGGCUUCUUGAGAGUCAGCGAAUUUGUCGCACCCACGUCAAUGACCUUCGAUCCACAACGCACUUUACUGACGGCAGACAUCACGUGCAACACAGACCUCGUCAUUGCGCUCAAGGCGUCUAAGACAGACCCAUUCCGCCGGGGAUGUAACAUCAUCAUCGCACCCUCACAGUCAUCGGUCUGCGCCGUGCAGGCAUACCAGGCGUACAAAGCACUACAUAGUUCCGUCGCUCACCUACCCGCAUUCCAGUUCGCCAACAGUAAUUUCCUCACGCGGCAAGCUGUUAGCAACCACAUUCGAGACCUUCUCACUCGCGCAUCUGUACCAGAUGUUAACCGUUACACUACUCACAGUUUCCGCAGUGGUGCAGCCACGACAGCUGCCGAUGCAAAUCUUCCGGACUGGUUGAUCAAGGCACUGGGCAGGUGGCGCAGCGACGCCUACCAGACGUACAUUCGCACACCCCCCAGCAUCAUCCGCUCAGUUCCGGGUCACUUGUCACUUGCUCUUCCUUAACUGUAAUUUCGACAUUUGUCUUGAGAUUUCAUUUCGUUUUCGUUACAUGUAUUUGCAGUGUAUUUAGUUUAAUGUUUCAUCGGUCUAACCAUGCUUUGUUUUAUCCUAUCGCGAUAGACUUUGUAACACAUCAUCCUGCCUUUAAUUUGGGGGUUUCCACCACAGACCAAGCAGACUUUACACGGGUACCCACGCUGUCCAUCCCCCUGGGGUUGUGAGUCUAUCUGCAGGCUCCCGCCAGGGGGACGCCAGCCAUGACGCCCGCCUGUACAGUCUCUGCUGGUGGAAGGUUGCAACCAGGUACCACGCGCUCGGCGUCAUGAUGCAAUUCACAGGCGAGUCGCAUCAUGGAGCUGUUCGCUGCGACGCCUGCGUCUGCAAUUCGCUCCCCCUUCCACUUUUG